CUCACCUCUAAAUAUACAUUCAGUCAUUCAGCAGAACACCUGAGCGAGCACUCCACCAAGAUGGGGAGAUUGUGGGUGAUGACCUCUGCGCUAGUAGAGACCCUUCUCUUUUCAGGAUGUCUUCUUGGUUGGAACUGUCUGAGUCCCAUCUUAACAGAGGAGGGGGUGAUGGCCAAACCCUGCGGGCCAGCCAUAGAUUCGGGGCGGCUCCACGUGUGGACUAAUGACAGCAGCCAGACAGGUUACGCCAGUAUAAACAGUACAGAUUCACCAGUCAGCGGUGCUAAGGAUGGAGAGCCCCCCAUCGAUGGGGGUAACAGUAGAGGACACCCAAUAAACAGUGAUAAAGAUAAAAGGCCCACCAUCAAGAUCGAAAAAACGCUCUGCUCACCACAGGAGCAGGCUCUAAAUUUGGGGUACACGGUGGGAUCAGUCUUUUUGGGGUGCACAUUCUUACCUCUGCAACUUCUGAUGGAACACGUCCAGCUGCGGUCAUUGCGCCAGAUUGGGGGAGCGCUGGUAUCUGUCUCAUUCCUGAUGUUGACGUAUUCGUGCACCAACCCUGACAGUCUGUCCUUAUUUUUUCCGUUUGCCCUGGUGGGUCUGGGAGUUGGUGGCAGUUGUAUCCUGUUCACUUCGCUCAUGCUUCCGCUCUUCCUGAAGAAGACUCGAUCCAUCUACACCUCCUUGGUCAUUGCCUCUUUCAUUGCCUCAAGCACAGUAUUCACCAUUAUUAAGGUCAUUUACAAUGCUGGGGUCCGUUUUGUGCCUUUAAUGUUGGUGUUUGGAGCGUUAUCCUGCAUGAUGUUCCUGAACAGCUUCUUCUGCUGGGACUUGGACCAAACAGAAGGAAGAAACAAAAAGUACAGUAUCGCCCUGCAGAUAAACUGCUACGACGCACUGCAAAAGAGGAAGCCGGAGGAGCAGCCCUGGUGUCAGAAGUCUCUCAAACACAAAUUCCAGGAUUCACUGAGGGACAAAGAAAGGAUCUUGAAUCGCAGCAAAAAAAUGAGUUUCAUAAAACCUGAGAGCACUGGGCCCCCUCUGCAGCACAGCCUUCUGAGUGCCCCAUUUAUUCUGCACAUGAUCUCCGACUGUCUGCUCCUCUCCUGGCUCCACUUCUACAUCUUAUCCCUCAACCUCCAUCUCCAGAGUAUAACAGAGAAUCAAAAGACUGCAGAUUUUUACUCGUCGCUUUUUGGAGCAUUCCAAAUGCUUGGCCUCUUUACAGCCCCACUCAUUUCAUGCCUUCUACAAACACCCAGAAACUCCCAGGCAGGCAGCGAGGCCUCCAGAACAAGGUGCAAGUCUCAGAGCUCGAUUGAGAGACUAUUUGUAGUGUACACUCUCAGGAUUUUCGCUGUUAUUGGGUUUGGAGUGAGCUGUCUCGUCCCCUCCCUGGGGCUGCAGGUUUUAGGGUUUGUGCUACACGUGUUGGUUAGAAGUUCCAUGUUCCUGGUCACGUUCUCGCUGUUUAACACGUUUCCGGAGCGACACUACGGGGCACUGCUUGGAAUUUACAUAUUUCUGUCAUCGCUCCUCACCCUCUCCCAGCAUCCUCUGUUCCUGCUGCUCACCGGCCCUUUAAACAGAGACCCCUACUGGAUCCACAGCGCAUUCUUCGCCAGUUCCCUGAGUGCCAUCUCUGUCCCUCUCACUUGGUGCAUCAAAAAGCGGAUGCUCUCUCGCACUCCACUGCCAUCUAGAGGAUGAAUCUGUACAAACGGGAUAAACAGGGCAAUCACUCUGCUCCACCUUUGAUAACCCCAUUACUGCUACAGACCACAUGAUCACACAACAACUCCUUGUUAUAGUUUUAUUUCCAUAAAUGUCACAUAAUACCCUAAAAAAAAAAAAAAAAAUUACUAACUGCGUCUGCCCCCUCAGGUAUGAUAAGAACCCACUCCCUACCCCAAGUAAUUCUGCUCCUGGUCCGCUUCGCAACAUAAUGCUUCCUUACCUCUCUUUUGGACCCUGAAAAUGGCAUUUGAAGUGUGACUGCAGAGCAUCUCACCUGCAGAGCAACACACAGACCUGGUCAUCCCCUCCUCUGCUGGGUAAUUAUACUAACGAUAGCAACAAUUACCAAUCCUCCUCUGGAAAAUAUCAUUUAUCCUUAAAGGAGACAUUAAACCAUUAAAACCAGCCCCAACUUGUAAUAUUUGCAAUCAGAGCACUAACCCAGGAAACUCGUUGCCUGUUCCGCUGUCUCGCGCACUCAGGGCCUCAGUAACUGUAAGAGCAGGA